AUGGCGGUAGCAGACGCUCAUGUUGCUGAUGGCAGCGAAAAGACUGGGCAUGUCCUUACUCAAAGUACGACGCCUGUCGAGAAAGACCCCAACGCUUCUCAGGUUGAGGAUGCUCACCAUGACGCCGACGGCAAUUUGAUCUACAGCGAGGUCGACGUUGAACCGGAGAUCCACUGGCGCACGUGGGUGGCUCUCAUCGCUGUCUGGCUGGUCAACUUCACCUAUUCGCAGACCACAGCUGGUCCUCCUGCCCUGUUGAGCUUCAUCGCGGCCGAUCUGAAUUCGGGUGCCAUGGCUAGCUGGAUCCUCACCUCAGCUUCCAUUUCCAAUGCAGUCCUAUCACCCAUCCUCUCUGUUGCCUCGGAUACAUUCCAGGCUCGGAAGGAGAUACUGGUCGGAUGUUGCAUCAUAGCCUUCAUCGGAGCUGCAAUCGCUCCUGGUUCACAGAGUACCUGGCGCCUGAUUUUCGCCAUGACACUCCAGGGCGUCGGAGUUGCGUUAUGCUCGGUUGUCUACACUAUUCCCGCAGAGAUCCUGCCGCGUCGAUGGCGACCAAUGGCUCAAGCCGUUCUCUUAGCUGGCGCCGCUGCAUCUUGCAUGGUGGCGCCACUGAGUCUAGGUGGGAUGAUAAAGGCAUACGGCCAAUCUGGCUGGCGGAAAUGGUUUUGGUAUCAGACCGCUCUGUGGGGAUCAGCAACCAUUUGUUUGAUCGUUGGAUAUCGACCACCAAAGCGCCAGACUCGAUAUGACCACCUUAGCAUCCGGAAGAAGUUGAUGACUCUGGAUCUGAUUGGGUUCUUCCUCUUUACUGCUGGCCUGACCCUGCUCAUCAGUGGCAUCAGUCUGGGAGCAGGCGAGUUUCCUUGGGGGAGUGUCUACACAGUAGCUCCGUUGGUGGUUGGCAUUGCCUGUCUCGCCGCUUUGGGCGUCUGGGAGUGGAAAGGCACCAGUACUGGCAUGAUACCACAUGCCAUGUUUGGUGCAGGCGACCAUAGCGGUCGAAGAUUUGUCUUCGGCUGUCUGCUCAUUUGCUUCGAGGGGAUUCUUCUCUUCGCUAUCACGGUCUUUGUUCCAAUACAAUCGCAGGUCCUCUUUACAGGCGACCCUGUAUUGAUCGUCGCAAGACAGGUGCCGUUCUACACAGCAGCUUUCAUCGCCGCCAACCUCAACGGCUACAUCAGCACUCGGCUGAGGACGAUCAGAUGGCCGUUGAUGUUCGGCUACCUGAUGUUCGUCGUCGGCAUUGGGGCAAUGAUCUCGGUGCGUCCUGGACAGGGUCUCAAUGCUCUUAUCUUCAACGCCAUUGCAGGCCUAGGUCUCGGCGCGCCCCUGGCACUGGUCUUCACUGCUGUCCAGCUGGCAGUACCACACAGUGUCCUGGCGACGGCGACCGCACUGGUUGCUUCCGCUCGCGCUAUAGGCAUCUCGGUCUUCACAGCCAUCUUUACCGUCGCCUUGAACGAGUCCAUGGCGUCUAAACGAGCCAAUCGGCUUCCUCCGGCCGCAGAGGCUGCGGGCGUGCCCCCUGCCGUCAUUCCCGAAUUCAUCACCGCCAUUGUCUCCGGCAACUCGAGUGUGACCACUAUUCCUGGCGUGACCACUCAAAUGAUCUCAGCUGGAGUACUGGCUUCCCAGAAUGCUACGGCCGACGCGCUCCAAAUCGUGUUUGCUAUCGCGGUCCCUUUCGGUGUCAUUGCGAUCCCAAUGUCAUAUUACCUUGGCAGUUAUCGAAAGACGAUGAACUACAUUGUCGAAGCACCUAUUGAGGAGCUUCACUCCAAACAACCAGCUGGGAAGUAA